GAGGAGGAGAGGGAGGAGGAGGCGAGAGAAAUCACGUGCCCACUCCUGCACUUAACAGAUAAAAUACACGCCCAGGGUUAGAAUACCCUUAAUACACACAACCACAGGAGUUCCAACCACACGUCGCUCCCAAUCAGGUUUCGAGAGGCGUGGACGUUGCAAUCGACGCGAAAAGAGCAACAUUGCAACGCGAGAGGAAGUAGUGUGCGAGAGGAAAUCCAAGAUGGCGACCGACUUCGGCGAUCAGCUCCCCGAUGAGGAGAAGGUGCGGAUUGCUUCAGACUUCAUCUUGCACUCCCCGCCAGGAGAAUUCAACGAAGUCUUCAAUGAUGUAAGAACUCUUGUAAACAAUGACACUCUCUUGCGGGAGGGUGUUGCACGUGCAAUCGCUGAAUACAACAAGGACCAACUCACCCCAGUACGCCUUGAAGGACAGAACCAUUAUGCCCUGGUGACGGAACACAAUGACCUCGGCGGGGGGCGAUUCCUCGACCCUAGGGCAAAGCUCACCUUUAAGUUUGACCAUUUGCGAAAGGAAGCCACAGACUUGAAGGCCUGUGAGAGCGAUCCCACAACAGAAAGCUGGAGGAGUGCAGUAGAAGCACAGUUAAUUCAGUACACCAGUGAUCACUACCCCCACGGCGUGUGUGCUGUGUAUGCCAAAGCCCAGGGAUCAGCAGUAACUCUCACCUUGUGUAUAGAAGACCACCAGUUUCAACCUAAAAAUUAUUGGAAUGGCCGAUGGCGCUCAACCUGGACGGUUACCCUAGGCGGGGGCAGUGCAGAGCUAAAGGGGGUCCUGAAGGUGCAAGUGCAUUACUAUGAGGACGGCAAUGUCCAGUUAGUCACAUCCAAAGACGUUAAGGGCAAUCUCACCGUGGCAGGUGAGGAAGAGACAGCACGGGAGUUGGUGCAAUUUGUGGAGAGUGCAGAGAGUGAGUACCAGACUGCCAUCAGCGAAAACUACCAGACUAUGUCCGACACUACCUUCAAGGCCUUACGACGCCAGCUGCCCGUCACGCGUACCAAGAUCGACUGGAACAAGAUAGUCUCAUAUUCGGUCGGCAAGGAGCUUAAGAAGCAAUAAUAGUGGAAAUGUCCUUUUUUUUCUUUCUUUUUUUCUUUUGUUUUUUUUUUUCCUGCACAAAUAGUGAAACAUCGUUCGAGAAGUGAGCCGAUCUAUGUUGUGCCGUGGAGCUCAUGUCUGUUAACAGUGCAUUUGUAAUGUCUGAAAAUCUUGUUUAAGAUUUUAAUUGUUAAUUCAUUUGAGUAAUGUUAUUUUUGCCCCCUCCCCCCUCCCAAAGCAUUGAUGUAUGGAGAUAAAUUAUGAAUAUUAUUAUUAUCAUUUUUAUUAUUAUUAUUAUUUUUAUUAAUAUAGGAAUGCUUAUAAAAUCAUUCUAUGUUUAAGAUAGAAAUUGUAUUUUUUGCCUUUUGAUGAUUCUUUUGAUUCUGGUAUGUGUUGCUUUUGAUUUUUCUAGGGCAAUAAGAUGCCAUUACUUUGUUUUUUGCACUGUUAAUAAAAAAGUUAAAAAACACAUCUCUUGUUGAACUAUUGGGUAAGCCAUCAAAAACACACAGCAAAGAGUAGGCUUCGAUACAGAAUGGAACAUUGAUAUUUUAAUUUUUUCUCUCUCUCUCUCGUGGACAUAUAUAUAAUUCAUCAUUUGUACUCUUGAAGAGAUUUAGUUUUCUAUUUGGAACUCAUAUCCAACUUAGUCUUUUCGACACCACAGACUGCAUAAUUGAGUCGCGCUCGAUGUUCCACCUACAUCUGUCUCGUCUUCCUGUGCCUUGUUUUUGAUAGUGUACCCGGGUGUCAAGCGCUAUGGGCAGCAGGCUUUCUUACUUUAUAGCUGCAAACCAAGAAGAAAAUGGGCCAGUUUUUGAUAAGCAGGAGGAGGGUGAAGAACGCAGAACUGGUUUUGGUUCAGCAUUUGGAAGAGAGGUCACCCUUGGGCAGUGACCGCUCUGGCCUGAACUGCCCCGUUGGCCGGCCAGGCUUUCCGGGCUGAGGCAAAGUGACUGUUCCUAAAGAUGGCCUGCUUGCUAACUGCUUGAUGGUGUUGAUUCUAUAGUACAUAUUUAUCUAAUCAUUUACACUAUACUGUUUAAGAGAUAAUUUUUGGGAAGUGGUACCAGUCAUGCCACGUUCAUUGCAGGUCAUUAUGAAGCCAAGUCUCUCUCUUUUUCUUUUUUCUUUUUUUUUCGUAGCUAAAUUCUUCUUCCUUGUAAUGCAAUGAGCUUUGUGGGAGAUACAUAAGGGGAAGCACCCAACCAGUGUAGUGCAGUGAGAAGCAACAAAUGCCCCAACACCUCUUACUAUGGUAAUGUUUUGUAGCCUCAUUUUUAAAAAGUCGUGGUCUUCACAUGGAGCUCAAAUGUGAGUGUGAGGUGAGAUGAGUCGAGGCUCAUUGCAAGUCCCAUCGCACGUUUCGGUUGGGGUGCGACAUGGCUAGCAGGGAGGAGUGAGUGCAGAGUGGCUUUUUGAGUUGUAUAAUUUUUGGAAAUGUUUGACGUAUUGUUAUAUAUAUUUUUUCUUUUUUAUCAUCAUUAUAAUGAUUAUUAUUUAAAAGUAUUUGUGACAAUGAAAUUGUAAAUGAUGUUAAUUUAUUAUGAAUUUAUAUCCAGGAUAAAGUUAUGAAUGCUGAAUAGUCCCCAAUUCAUUUAUAUAAACAUUAAAGAUACUUGAGAUACCAAGAUAUACGCGCAUGUUUUGUAAAGGAAGUUGCCAAUUUUUUUGGGAAUCGUGUGCUUGAAGUUGCUGAAGUGUGUGGCUGAAAGAUUCCUACAUCCCUGUGGCUAUUACCAACUGGAGAAUGUACUUGAUGCAUAUUUAUACUGUUUACAGAUUUAUUUAGAAGUUACGAAGAACAUUUGAUAUCUUUUCUCCAUUUUGGUUGGAACUUUUUCCGGUGAUAAUGAAGAAUUUUUUUUUUUUUAUCUCUCUCUUAUUAAAAGUAUUUUCUGUUGGGUCUGUUUUAAGAGAAUUGGGAUUAUUUUGUAAUUUAUAAAAGGAUUUUUGUCUCUUUCUUUUGGUAAUCAGGCUUGUGGCACACUUACAUGGGAAGACAUUAAUUGUGAAUGUUUUCUCUUGUUGGUUCAUUAUUAAGGAGCAAUAUGCAAAUCAAUUAUUGUUUUUACAACAUAAAAUCCUUUUUAAUGUC